UCAUCAGUCGUGGCAAUGGAUCAAGGCCACUUUUGUGAGGAAUCUGCAUCUGGAGACCUCCAUCUUAUGCUCUGCUCCAUGGUAGCAGACAAUGGCGAUGACCGGUCCGAGAGCAUCCUUGCUGAGAAUCACGUGGAUGGCACCCCAGGGAUCCUGAGUGGAGCUGGGGGCAGGAAACCCAUGAAAACGGGCAUGAAGGAGCUGGCGGUUAUGAGGGAGAAGGUGAAUGAGCAGCAGCGGCAGAUGGGCAAAGUGGGCAAGCCCCAUCACAACCACGAGGACUCGAAGAAGUCGCGGAUGCCGACGGGCAGGACCCCUUGUCAGCAGGAGCUGGAUCAGGUCCUGGAACGCAUCUCCACCAUGCGGCUGCCGGAUGAGCGAGGUCCCCUGGAGCACCUCUACUCCCUCCACAUUCCCAACUGCGACAAGCAUGGCUUGUACAAUCUCAAGCAGUGCAAGAUGUCGGUGAACGGGCAGCGUGGUGAGUGCUGGUGCGUGGACCCCAUCCACGGGAAGGUGAUCCAGGGUGCGCCCACCAUCCGAGGGGACCCCGAGUGCCACCUCUUCUACACAGCCCACGAGCAGGAGGACCGGGGAGCACAUGCCCUGCGGAGCCAGUAGACGGACGUGAUCCUGCUCGCCGUGGCCCUGGUGCUGGAUUUGUACAUGGGUUUCAGCGUGUCUCUUUAGGCUCUGGAAGAGACCAGGGUUGGGUCCCACGUUCUGCCCUCCUGCUGCCCGGCUCCUGGGGAGGGAAGGGACGAGGGGAUGGGAAGGGCGGUGGGGGGGUUGCAAGGAGAAGGGACUGCUUUCCUAUAGUCUUUUGCCCAACGUCAGCCAGAGAACCGGUCUUUUUUGCUCCUCGCCUCGUGGCCCUGCCCUCCCUGCUGCUUUGCGGCAUCAUCUUCCGCAGGCAAAACCCCAUGCCAUGGAGGGGAGGGGAAAAAACAAAAACAAAACAAAAAAAAACAACAACAAAAUCCCACUUCUCCCUCCAUCCCUCCCUCCCCCGAGACCAAAGACUGUAAAUACUGCUUCUCGUGUCCUGUUGGUCCUGGCGCGGGAUGCGGUGUGGGAGGGAGGGAAGGAGGAAAGCCCCCCUUCCCAGCUGGAACAUGCCAGCGCAAUGGGGAUGCGUCCCCCAAGGGGGCAUCACCAGCGGAUAGAAACAAGACAGCCCCCCCAAAACCACCCCUGGCUGCAGCCAGCCCUGCUGGUCCAGGAGGUUGGGGCCUCUGGGUGACUGCGGAGCUGAAUGCUUGGUUUUCCGAGGGGUUUGGAGGGCUGCUGCCCAGUAUUUCUUAGGAUCGGCUUAAGCUGAGGGAGCUAAAGUGAACUUUCCGGGGCUGGGUGGAAGGAUGCCUGUGUAGAUUUAGAAUAACCAGCCAGGGAGUGUCUCUCUUUCUCUCUUUCUUUCUUUCUAGAUAGGAAAAACUCAUCUAAAACCUGCACUCCCAGCAGCUGCUCUUGUCCCUCCAUUUUUGCUUGGGACAGGAGUGAGCAUUUGCUAUUCAGCACACACUUUUUUUUUUUUUUUGUAAGUACAGUAUAUAUCUUGCUUUGUAAAGGCCCGGACACACACGCACCCGUCUGCCCACGUGCACGUUUGUAUAGGUUAAAGCCAAGCAAUUGCAGGCACUCUGAGAGGUUUUGCACUGGACAUGCCGCUCUGAGGACCGAUGUGUCUCUGCCAUUACUUCAUCUGUUGAUUUCUUUCUGUACAGAACACACCGACGCUGAGAAUAAAUAACUUCCCCGUCGCCUAAGCAAGGAGAUUUUAUUUUUUCUCCCCUUUUUAAUAUGGCUACCCUUUGCAAAGCAAUUGCAAACAUCCUUACAUUAAAAGCAAGCAAAUUGUCUUAGAGCUUUUUGCAGGACCUUGGGCAGGGCUGGGGUGGGCAUCCCUAACAGAGGGGUUGAGGGGCUGGUGCUGUCACUGCGCUGUCCUUGGAGCUUCUGAAGAAACACCACAGUGGAGUCCUCCUGCUGAUAUCACUCAUCUGGGGGCUUGAAGCUGGGUAAGGAAAAGCAAAAAGCCCCAAACUUUGCAGAAAAAGGAGCACUGGGAUUUGUUGCUAUUUUUUCUUCCUUCCUGUCCCUAUGUUUCACAUCUGAAGUGGAAAGAGCAUGGACGGUCUGUGUAUAUUAAACCUCUUGUGUCCUUGCGGGAGUUUGGAAGUAUCAGUGGAGGAGAAAAGGAAAAGACCUUGGGGCUGUGGUGGGAAAGCAAUGGAGAUGUGUGAGAGGGAGGGAGCAAGAAUGUAUGAGGGAGGAACGUACCUGCAUGCAAAGCCAAGUAACUGUAAAAAUGAUGCUACCUGUUUUCUGUUAACAGCCAAGGGUGUUCUGCUUUUUCAUGUAAACCUUGUGCAUGCUGGCUCUCAGCUGCAGUUUGUACUUUUUGUUUUGUUUAGGAGUCAGGAAGUUUUCUUUUGUUUUUCUUUUCUCUUUUGGAAAAGCUGAGCUGCAUAAAGUUGGAAUAAAUUAAAUGGGAUGCCAGAAAA